CAAAGUUUUAGCAGAGCGAAUAAACAAAAAUGAAUCCCUCAGAUGGUGGAUUAAAGAUAAGUGUUUUAUUUUGCUUUAUAUUUUAAUUACUUUACUGCUUAGUAUGCGUUUCAAGCCCACAAAAUCUUUAACAAUUUUUAUUUUUAUUAUAUUUUGUUUUGUUUUCUUUUAUGCUUUUCGAUUUUUUGUGUCUAAAAAUUAUAUUGGGUUGACUACAUUAAAACCGUUGCAUAAACCACUUAAUAAAUCUUCAACAAAACCAUCUUUGAAGCAUCUUAGUAAACUUAUUACGGUUAUUAUAAGAGAAUUUGAACCAAAUGAUAAUGAUGUAACACUAACUGCACAGUCAUUUGUAAACGUUUUUCCAAGUAUAAACGUGUUAAUUUUGUAUGAUAGUUUACCAUAUCCUCCCCUGGAUAUAACUUUAACAAACACAUCAUUGACAAAUGUAAAAUUAGUGAACCUCUCACCAAACUUAAGGAGCUCAAUUUACGAAAGAUACCCAAUCUUUCAAAUAAAAACCACAUAUGUAUUAUUUGUACCUGAUUCAGCUAGAAUAACGUCACGCCAAUCUUUACAAUUGAUGGUUAACAAACUAGCUAAAAACCAAGACAGUAUUAUUGUAGCACCAUUAAAAUCAAGCAAGAAAGAUUUAAAAUGUUUAAGAAUAAAUGUUAGUGCUAAGGAAUGGACUCUUAGAUACAGUUGUGUAAAAAGUACAACUUGUGAUGCAGUAUCUGGAAAACAUUUAAUUUUAAUUAAGACUGAAUUGUUGCAAAAGUUAACUUAUGCAUUUUUUCUACCAUUUCCACAGUCGUUUUAUAUACAAACUUCUGUAAUGUCUCAAAAGGUCAAAAUUCUUGAUUCUGUAUCGUUUCACGACGGAAAACCCAUAAUAAAAUCUCAUCACGCACAAUGGAAGCGCAAGCAGAUAGAUGCAGAGCGCUUUAAAAAACUUUAUGUAGCCUUGAAAAUCAAGCAGGUUGUUCGUGAAUUUGGUUCGACGGAAUGGUACGGUUGUAACCGAGAUACCCCAAGGUGUUUUGGCAGUAUUGUGGAUUCAAUGCCAUCGUAUCUGUACGAGAAAAAGUGGACACCUCCGUGUUGUUUGUCGAAUUUAAAGAAAACUGCUAAGUAUGUGUUUAAUAUUUUGGAUGAAACUGGAAUAAGGUAUUGGUUGGAGGCUGGAAGUUUACUGGGGGCCAUGAGAAGUGGCGAUAUUCUCCCGUGGGAUCACGAUGUUGACAUAGGGUUUAAUAGGGACGAUUUGUACAGGUGCAACUGGCUAAAAAAAGCUAGAGAAAAGCCUGUUGUUGACAACAAGGGGUUUCUAUGGGAAAAGGCUACUGAAGGCAAUUUUUAUAGAGUUUACUUUAGUAAAGCAAAUAGAAUUCAUGUAAAUUUAUUUCCAUUUUUUACGAAAAAUGGAACUAUGACAAGGGAUUCCUGGUUUACAAGCCACAAAAAUAUGGAAUUUCCUGAUAAUUUUUUGCAUCCAAUGUCUAGUAUAGAGUUCAUAGGAAGAAACGUGCCAAGUCCAAAUAAUAUCAGGGAUUUUUUAGAAAUUAAAUUUGGUAAAGGGUCUAUAGAAAAUCCAGAAUAUCCCGACCCUAAUAAAAUUAAAUUUCCUUAAAGUAUUUUUAGCAAGUUUUGUAAAUGGUUUGCCUUUUACAUUGUCAUUUACACAAAGUAAUAUAACUCAUAUUUUUAUUGUUAAUGUUAUACAUUCAUAAAAAUAUAAUAUGUAA